UCCUUCAGGGAGCACAUUUAGAGCAACUUUGUUUGUAUUUUGAAUAAAAAAAAGAGUCCAGUCACAUCACCGUCACACCAAGGCACACAAUGCCUACUGCAGUGUAAGCAGUUGGGUGAGCAGAGAGCCAGGGCUGUGGUGUGUGGAAAAUGCUAGUGGAGGCAGACAAUGCAGCAGUCCGAGGCCUGACCAGCCCUCAGAGGGACAGGGGUCGCCUCACUGCGACAACAGCCCCCGUCUCCCUCCCUUCUUUUCGUGAACUGCCGCAGGAUGGGCUCGGGGAGGACGCUGAAGUUUGCCCUGUGUGAGGUGCUGCAGUUUGCAGGCCUAUGCGUGCCACUCUUCAUCGUCAUGCAGAGGUUUGCCGUCAUUGUGGCAAAAGUGAAAACUUCGGCGCGGCCGCCCGGCGACGGCCACACGGCCUACUGGUUGAUUGUGGCCUCCUCCAUUGCUUAUGUCACCUCCACUGCCCUGCUGAUCUGGGUUCCCCUGAAGUAUAUGAUCUUUGUGAAGAAGAAGUUUCUCGUCGGGAGGAAGAAGUGGAGACCCGUAGCCCUGGUGUAUGUGAUCCUGUCCACAUUACCCUGCUUUGCCUUUCUCAUCGCCAGCUCUGAGGUUCAGAUCAAUAACAACAUAAAACAUGAUAUGUUCACGGAGCUCCCUGUAUCACUGGUGCUGUUUUCUCUCAUCUCUAUUGACGUUGUGGAGAGGAUACGCCACUGCAGACUGACCGGCCAGUCUAAUGAGAUGGAAAGAGAUGCUGAAAUCCCCUCCACUGUCCUCACACAUGUGGAACAGGUAACACCAGUAACGCCUAUCACUCCAGCUGCGCCGGCGCCAGCUGUACCAGGGCCAGCUGUGUCCAGCCAAGGCGUUCCCACUCCCAUGCAACCUGGAGCAAGCCAGAAUGGAGCGGGAGCCCGACCGGAAACCAAUGGCACGGUGCCUGGGAGGCCAUUUAGCGUCUCUGGAUUGAGCUCACGGUCAGCCAGCACCACGGCGUACCACCUCUCUCCGUACGCCUACACGGGGCCUCUGAGAUUCCUGUGCGCCAGCGACGCCCGAGCGGACGUGUUUGUGGACAGCUUCAUGUUCUGGAUGGACACGGUGGAGAUGGUGAGAGUGGCAGGGCAUCCUCUAGUCUACUACUCGGGCUGGGUGUUCCCCAUCUAUAUCUUCAGCUACCUGUCCUGCCUACGUGUGGUGGUCAUGCCCCACAGCCCGUUGCUGUCCUCGCUAGGGGUGGCCCUGCAGGACUUGCCGUUCUUCUUCGUGCGCGUCGGCCUCAUUGCCUUCUUUGGCUUCGUCACGCCAAUCCUCUACAUGAUGAAGAACCUGCUGGUCUGUCUGGCCUUCAUCUACUUCAACUUUAUGACCAAGCUGAAGGUCUUCAACACAGAGAGGAUGUUCUUUUGAGACCAGCGGUUACAUCAUGAAAGGGUUGAUGCAAACUGAAGGUGGCUGCACCAGCCCUCCGUAAUAAGCACUAAAAAGAUUGUUAAGUUCCAAAGAUAUGGACAAAAAGAGGUUACUGCAGAGAGUAAAUACUUACACCGUGGAACUGCCAGGUACAACUACUUUGUAGCUAAUCUGACAAAGCUAACAUUUAGCUUGCUAAUAUAGGAUGUUUAGCUUGAGGCAGUCUACCAGUCUGAUAAGUCUGAGUCACUGAUCUUGAAACAGUUCAGCUAUUACUGCUCGAACUUGGUGAUGGAUUUAAGAAUACGUGGUUCAAUCACAGAAGACAUAUUUUGAUAAUAACGGUACUUUUCACAGGCCAAAAGGGAGCUCAAAGGCAAUGGAAAUUAUGUGUCAAAUGACUGUCGUCUUAUAUAUUAUCACCUGUAUGUGCAAACAAACUUUUUUUAAAACCCCGACAAUCCCCUCCCACCACCCUCACCAAGAAUGGCACUUUGGGAAUGUACCUUGAAUGUCUCUUGAGAGAUUUUUUCUUUUUUUUUUUACUAAAUCAUAAUGUGCAGUGAAAAUGUAAAAACAUAAAUACAUGUUGUUUAUUUGAGGUUUUUCUUUGCUAAGUUAAUAUCCAAAAAAGAAAAACGCGUGAGUUUGUAUCACUGAUACAUUUAUUUUAGUAAGAUUAAUAAAGA